UCCGGACCGGGGGAGCCUGGAGGAGCCCUGGGGAGCCCGGAGGAGCCCGCGUCGCCACCUCGUCGUCCGGUGUCCUCUCAGGGAAGGGCUCUUCCCCUCAUGCUGACAGGGGCUGGUCAUGGCACCGAAGGUGAAUAGGAAAACUGUAAAGAAAAAGAAAACAGAAGAGCCUGAGUUGGAACCCCUUUGCUGCUGCGAAUACAUAGAUCGAAAUGGGGAAAAGAACCAUCUGGUUGCUAGUUUUUGUGAUUGUCAGGAUCUUGAUGAAGGUUGUGAAAGGUGGAUUACAUGUAAAUCCUUGCACCCAGACACUUUUGAGAGAAUCAUGGACACAAUCUCCGACCGUUUCCGAAUUCCCUGGCUUAGGGGGGCCAAAAAGGUCAACAUUACCAUUAUCCCGCCGCUUAUCCUCCUGCCAGUUUUUCUCCAUGUAGCUUCUUGGCAUCUUCUGUUGGGCAUUAUCAUUUUGACCUCCCUUCCUGCCCUGGCACUGGGGUAUUACUACCUCACCCACAAGAGGAAAGAUCGGACCCUGUUUUUUCUGAGCUUGGGGCUGUUCUCCUUGGGCUACAUGUACUAUGUGUUCCUCAAAGAAGUGGCCCCCAAAGGCCGGGUAGGACACGGGCAGCUGGUUACUCUCACUUGUGGAUUAUUUCUGAUACUCCUAGCCCUACGUCAAGCCAAGAAGAAUCCUGGCUACCUCAAAAGUCCAGUACAAAAUGGCAGCCUUCCAAGCAACAGCCCAGUUGAGUUAUUAAACAAAAAAGGGCAGGAGAAAGUAAAAGGAUUUCCUGGAGAUUCACUGGCCAGUGUCAACAAUAGAAUGGUAAAGGAUGACUCUAAGAGCUAUUCUAGGACAUUAAUUGAGAGCCCCAACAAGGUGAAGGAAGACUGGUGUGCCAAGUGUCAGUUGGUGAGGCCAGCUCGGGCGUGGCAUUGUCGGAUAUGUGGUGUGUGUGUGAGAAGAAUGGAUCAUCAUUGCAUCUGGAUCAAUAGCUGUGUUGGAGAAUCCAAUCAUCAAGCAUUCAUCCUUGCACUGUCAAUCUUCUUAGUCACCUCUGUGUAUGGGAUCACCCUGGCCUUGGACACCAUCUGUAGAGAUAGGAGCAUCUUCACAGCUCUUUUCUACUGCCCAGGAGUUUAUGCAAACUACAGCUCUGCUCUCUCCUUUACCUGCGUAUGGUACUCUGUGAUCAUAACAGCAGGCAUGGCCUAUAUUUUCCUGAUCCAAAUGAUAAACAUCAGUUACAAUGUGACUGAGAGGGAGGUUCAGCAGGCCCUUCGAGAGAAGACUGGGCGCCGGCUCCUAUGUGGGCUGAUCGUGGACACAGGCCAGUAUAAUCGGGGCUUCCUACGGAACUGGCAUCAGUUUUGUAGCCUGGGCACACGCACACUCCACCCCCCUGCCGAGGACAUUGUCUGAAAUGCCUUCUGUGCUGAUCUCGGGAGGGGAUGGUGCCUCUGGGAUCGCACUUCCACUUAACCCUUCGGUGUCCUUUGCAGGCUUCUCAUUCUAACACCAAUCUCUUAAAAGGCACUACAAGGCCGCGCUCAGGUUUUUGAGACUGUAACAGAAAGAAGCUAAAUAUCUUCCUGACCUCACAAUUUAGAGAUUUUUAUAUUCAGAUAGUGAAAGUAGAGCCAUUCAUUUCCGAACACCUUCCUAAUGAAUUCUCCAUCACCAGGAGCUGAAAAGGAUGGAGAUUGAGGAGUCUAGGCUGACAAGAGAAAUAAUUUUUCACUCAGCAAAAUGAAAACUGCUUCACAAUCCUGGAUGAUGGGUUUGAAAAAUCCUGAGAGUUUAGGGUGGGUGGGUGCAUGGAAAAUGCUUUGUACGUAAAUGAACAUGCAAAUACUUAUUUACAUAGGGACAAUGAAGUUAAGAAAUGACCACUGGUUUUCACAUUUCUGGGUGGAAAGUGAUUGCAGAUUUAUCUCCUGGUAUUCCAGAUAGCACAGUUUUCUAGGAAUAAUUAUACGGCAGUUGUCACUUUAUAAAGUACAAGGCAUUAAGAAGAGGGGUAGAAACUCAGAUGAACCAGGGGGCACAUCUAAUCACAAAGGAAGGACAAUCAAAUAGAAUUAUAGAGACGAUUGUUACAGUCAGUAUUGUGUAUAGCAGUAAUUUUUAAGUCUAGAUGCAGAACCUUGUGUGUGUUUGUGCGAGAGAGUAUGUGAAUGUAUGUAUUUUUCUACCUACGGAUGUAUCUGUUUAAUAUAAAUAACACCAAUAGGAUUUCAAGUUUUCCAUGGUUCACCUGGUAAGGUGUUGGCAAAAGAUUGUGAUGAUUUUCACAAGAGAAGUACUUGCUUCUGCCUUGUGGGGGUGACUAAUACCAAGGGCUUAAUUUUUUUUUUUCCAUCUGAGUAUUUAAAUAGUUAACAGUUUCUAGCAGUAUAUUGCAGAACUCAUGUUUUAACAUUCCGGCUGUUAUCCAGCAUGAACUUUCCUUUUGGGAAGUGAGUUGGUAUCUUCUGUUCCACUUAUAUGUUGUUUUCCAUUUACCUUUUUCACAUCUUCUCAGUUUCUAGAGAAGAGAACAAAACAGGGUAUAUACUAUUUCUAAUAAUUAAUGAAUUACUCCUCUUUCCUGGUUGUUCCCCCAAAUGACACUAAAUCGUGUGUUCUUCCUUGCACUUCAGAAAUUUAAGAUAGUUCAAAGAAAUAGCAUUUCUGCACAAGGGAUUAUUCAGUCUUAGAAAUAUGAUGUAGAAAUAAGAUGAUGCUACUUGGGGGAGGGGAUAACACCCUCGGGAAUAUCUGAUGUCAUGGAUACAACCUUUUGUAAGCCCAAAGAUAACCAGUAACUCCUUAAAGAUGACUUUGUUUACAGCCAGUGAAGGGAAAAUACUGCCACCUUUUUUAGUCUUUCUACAAAUGUUACUUUAGAGAGAUUUUAUUAUAUCUCCAUAAACUGUACAUAAUUCAAAAAUGUCAGUACUUCCUAUAACUUUCAUUUGCAACUAUUUCUAUCCCUGGUCUCCUGGUGUUAGCUGACAGUUUUUAGCUCAUUAGAACAACCAGAUUUCACACAGGCCUGUAACCUGACUCCCAGUGAGAAAUUGCUUCCUGUGGCAACUGACUGUAGUUGUUUAUUUAACAGUGGUAAAACAGGAGCCCCAUUGGGAUAAGUACAGGAAGGCAGCUUUGGGGAACAGAGCUAGAGCUGUACUUCUCAAAUACACAGUCUUUUCCUUGGUCAAGUGUUCCAGGGAGGGAAAAGAUAUUUUAUAAUCUUAGAAACUUAUAAGAUUUGAGGCCAAUUAUUCUUGUCUGUAUAAUUUUUUUGAUAAAGAAAAAUGGAUUUUGUUAUUUACCACUUCUCCUGAGUGCCAGAUGUAUGGCGGAGGACCAUAUUUUGGCCAUGAAUUUUAUUUUCUUACUAGUUAUCUCAUUGGAACUGCAGAAUAAUGGGCAGGUUUUCCCUCAUUCUUAUCCCCCUCAUCAUACUCUUGUGAAGAUGAGAAUGAACUGCAGAAUGAUCAAAGGUAGGUGUGAUUCAAGAGGUAUGCAUCAAUCCAUAGGACCGGGUAACUGGCACCCAAAUAUUUAAAAAUAUGGUUGCAACUCCGUGGCUAUAAAGGAGCCAACCUUCCAGACUCUACUUGGAAAAGAGCUGAUUCCUUUGUGUCACUCUGUCCUAUUGGCAUUCAGUAAAUAAUUGUGUGACAUUUUCCCCCUUCCAUUAAAUUGUUGUUUAUUGGUGUUGGAGCCUUUGUGAGUUUUGGAUCAUCAAUUUCCAAAAGAAGCAAAAAAUAUAAAAAAUCCAUUUAAGGUUGAGUUGGAAUAGGUAAAAUGCCAACAUGUCGACAGUCGGUAUAUUCCAAUUUUAAUCAGCCAUUCAGGAGGGUGUCCAGUAUUCCUAGUAGUUACAUUAAUUCAUAGACAGGGGCCUUGGCAUAUCCAGGGGUCCCUUUUGGUCUAGAACCGUAUAUAGGGUAUUUCCUGUUCUAGGUUUAGAUGAGAAGUUCUCCUAUAGCAGUUUCCUAAGUGUGUUCUUCUCAGCAACCCUGUGAGCCAAGUACCUACUGUCAGUAGUUGUAGUCCCAUUUUAUAGGUGAGGAUUCUGGGACUCUUUAAGGUUGUGACUUGUUUAUAGCUACUCAGCUGAAGCUGGAACAAGUCUGUGGUGGAGCCAGGAUCUGAAACCACGUCUUUCAAAGUCCAGUGCCCCUUUCACUAUGCAACACUGCCUCUCACCGCCAUGAUGGCAUAGGGUGAACUGCAGAAAUUCAGAAGACCCCACGACACAAAAAUGAGCUUUGGGGCCUCCUCAUAGUCAAGUGGGUCCUCGGGGGAAAAUCCUCUUUCUCUGAGGCAUUCUGGACUGAGCCACGUGGCCUUACAUCUCCUAUGUAGUCCAAGACUAGAAGAGGUCACGUCUCAUUUUGGCCCAGAUCCACAACCAGUGGUAUUUCCAUGAUCCAGUGAUUACAAGCAAUAGGUAUGAAGCAUAAUAAAUUACUUCCUUUCCUUCUUUUAACUCUUAAGGACAAAUCAUGCCAUCUAAAUGUGCCCUUAAAAAUCUCAUUUAGUUAUGUUGCUGUCCCAAGGAAAGGAGGGGAAAACAGAAUCAACUGGAAAGAUUCAAAGGAAAAAUUUAGUAAAGGACUGUGAGAAGAGUAAUGCCCAAUUAAGUAUAGAAAACAUGAUACCCAGGAAGCACUUUGUGCUUUAUUAAGGUCCUACUUUAGUACUCACUAUUACCAACAUAAUUUCUUUCUGUUUUCUGGGUGCCCUUGCUGAGAAAUAGAACCAUGAGUAUGUUUAUUGGGAUUACUUUGCCUUUAACUAUGAUGUUUGUGUUUCCUUAACUGUGUAUUUGUAUUUUUUAUAGAAAAUAUAGUGUUUUAUAAAUCUGGAUCCCACCCCCAAUAAUUUGGUGGACUUCACAAACACCAUUUUAUUUCUCCUGCCAUACUAUAUAAUA